CCCAAGGCUGUUACGCUGAACAGCUGGGCUCCUCGGCCGCAGAAGCCAAAGAAAGAUGGGCCCUUGGUCAAUUUCAACCAGCAUCCGGACUCGGUAACUAACAUUGCUCUUCUGCUUAUAUGUUUCAGCCUGGAAGAAAUCUAACAUCUGAACCUGCUAGUACGCGGUCCUUCCAACCGGAAGAAAACCCAUCACAAAUAUGAGCCCGAAUAUUAAGAAAUACGUCAAGUAUGCUCGAAUUUUCCAGCUUGUUUUGCGAGCUUUAACCCUCAUUGGGGUUAUGGGAAUGCUCUUCUGCGUUAUCUGUAUCAACAACACGACAACCCAGGUAGCAUGGAUUAUCCGGGUAGGGCCCGCGGUUUCAAUGGUGCACACGAUCUACGCGGUUUUCCAUCUUUGUCGAUCUGCUACCUCCCGUACGCCUGGUUCCACGGCAAGUUACAUGCUCUUUGCAGCAGUACUUGACGCUGGCCUGGUUCCUUUCUACGUAUUCACUGCCUUAAUCUCGCGAACGGAACAUCAAUCGAAAAGUUAUGGUUGGAAGACACUGUUUGGAAACGACAAUGCCAAUGCGAAGAUCAUCUAUGCCACGGUGCUCAUUGCCACAACGGUUGGCGGGUUCCAUAUCGCGUCGUUGAUUGUGGAUAUCUAUCUGGCGGUGGUGUUCCGCAAGAUAACCAAGUUGCCACCAGACAUGAACCCGUUGGAAGAUAACUUAACUGCCCGUCCGCAUAAGCGCACCAGAUCUGAGAUAGCCGAAAAGCAUCUUAGCCAGAGCACAAUUGGCUCAUCUGAGACGGAUCCAUACAACACCAUCCUGCCAGCUACUCGCACGGUGCCAUUUGCGCACACAAGGACCGAUUCCGGAGUGACUCUCACGGGCACCCAGCCCCACAAGCACGGAGAUGAUCGGUCGUCAUACUACUCUGCUAAGUCGCACCGUCACUCGCGUUCUGAUCUCCCAAGCCAGCAAAUUCGCCAGUAUGAGGAAUCUAGUCGCCCCAAAACACCCAUUUCCCGCACUACGGUCAGGGGGAGAGGAAACGGUUCAUCCAGGCCCCAGUCUGCUGUCUUCCAUACUCCGCCUCCCACCGCACAAUCCCGACCAUCGUCUGUAGAUAUUCAGAACCGUGGUCCAAGCGUAUCUUCUAACUGGGAGGCGUAUCCUUCAAAUCCUCCAUCACCUGAGCUGAACGCUCAAGAGGCUUCGCCAUUCAGAGAUCCCGUCGGUAAUCCAGCGCUGGACAAUGAAGAUGCAAUCUGGGAUGAUAAUUUCGAGGGAGAUGAUGACCUGAUUCAACGAAGCGGUACUGUUCUACGACACCGAGGAGUAUACGCUGCCGUAGAUGACGACGACGACGAUGAAGACGAGGCAAUCCUUAAUCCCAACGGACCAGAAAAUAUGUUCGGGUAUCAACAAAGCCAGGGCGAGCGUUAUUAUUCCAAGGGCAAAACUGAACAGUUCAAUCACAAUUCUGGUCUGGAGGUGAACCCACUGUCCAUGAAUCCGCCAACUCCCCGCCCAUUGGAUCCAGAGGAAGAGAGCAAGGAAGCUGCUCGAAGCGAUGUCCGUCGCGAGGUACUUUCCAACCUUCCAAACCCAUCUGCCACCCCUUCUAAAGCUACACCUGGUAGCAAGUCACGCUCGUACGGGGAACUUGCAAAGAACACUCCGUCCCCUGGUAGCAACAAGAAACUGUCAUCCCGCUGGAGACGUAAGAGCGGCCGAGUGUCAGCUUACGAGUCUCUCCGAGGAGAGACUGAUGACGCUGAUGACAACUUUGAGUCGCCUAUCGGCAAAGGCGAGACUGACCGCAAAGGACGAGUUGUUAGCAACACUGGCAUCGACCUUGGCCCAGAUCUAGGUUCCGGCUCGCCAGGGUACGGAAAUUAUCUAGCCGGCUUGGGAGUCGGCCGCCGUCGUGAGGUUAGUGGGAAAGUUGCAGAAGAAGGGAGGGGUGGUGACCUCAUUCAAGAUGAGAGUGAAUCAUCCCCGUCCAAGAACAAAGGAGGCCAUCAACCUUCAAAAUCGAAGGAAAUUAAAGCUGCGGGCUGGGCACGGUGGAAGGGUUUGUGA